AUGUCCGAGUUUGCGCCUCCAAAUGCACAAGGUGAGGACUUGUCGUUACCAAAGGCCACUGUGCAGAAAAUCAUUGGAGAAGUGUUACCGAAGGACAUCGCGAUAUUGAAAGAGGCGAGAGAGGCAAUCACCGAGUGCAGCAUAGAGUUCAUCAUGAUCUUGUCUACUCAGCUGAAUGACAUAGCCGAAAAGGAGGCCAAAAAAACUAUCGCAUCCGACCACGUCAUAAAAGCCCUAACCGAGUUGGGCUUCCAUAACUACUUGGACAUCAUAAACAGAGUUUUGGACGAGCACAAAGAGCUCUUGAAAGGUAAGGAGCGGAAGAAUAAUAAGUUUCUCAACUCAGGUUUGACGGAAGAAGAGUUGUUGAAACAGCAGGAGGAGUUAUUUAAAAAGUCUCGUGCUAGGUUGCAGAGCACCGGCUCCCCCAGCAAUGAAAUCAAACAGGAGAUGUAA